AGAGCAGUUACUCAGAUCUCUCAGAUAAAAACUCAGCUGCUGGCGCAGUCGCUUCCUGCCUGUGCUGGCAACUUCCUCCCCCUGUCCCCUGCACAAAGUUCUGCCAUUUUCCACUGCCUGCCUGAGCACACACAGCCUCCCGAGCCUCCACCAGCACAGGCACACUCUGCUGGCUCCAGAGUAGAUAAAUGUACAGCAGGAGAGGACCCUUGUGAGGAGGCUGGAGGGAAAUGGCCAGCAAGCAGCUCCUGCUGGUUCUGUUCUGUGGGGAAAUCGGGAGCUGCCUUUGUGCAGCAGCAGCACCUCACCACACUGCCACGAGCCCAAGAGCAGACAAAGCCCUUCUGAACCAACUGCAAGCAACUGGGCCCAGUUCACACCAGUCUGACACAGCCCUGGCUCCCACAGAGCCCCAGCCCUUCCCAGGGCAGGAGGAGGCUGGGGAUGGCAGCUGGGUAGCAGCAGUGAUGCUGGGCAGCAUUCUGAUUGGGAUGGCUCUGGCAAUUGUCACAAUCCUGCUGUGGAAAUGCUGCAUGAGGCCGGCCCUGGCCGAGUCCCACUGGGCAGGGCGCUCCCCGUUCGUGGACGGGGACACGCCAGAUCUGCUGACAGACCCUGAGCAGGGCACCAAGCGCUCUUCAGUCUUAUUCAUGCUGCCCUGGAGACUGAAACAAGGCACCAGCCUGCAGGAGGAGCCGGCUGUCUCAGAGAACCCACCCCAGCACACUACGAGUUCUGAGAACGGGCAGGCAGCCCUGGGCUGCUCCCCAGCCCCAGCUCCUGUUCCUGUUCCUGUCACAGACACAGCUCCUGCCCCUGCCCCAGCCCCUGCCAGCUCUGCAGCUGCCUCCUGCCCUGCCCCAGACCCUGCACCCGAGUGCUCUGACCUGCCACCACCCCCAGAGUGGCUCAGGGAGCCCCCUGAGCAGCCCAGCCUGGAUCCCCACGAGCACCCAGCACUUCACUUGGAAGCAGAGGAACCACAUCCCCCAGCACCUGAGCUGCUGAUCCAGGAGACCCAGGAAACACUGCCCCAGCCAGAACACCCUUUGUAGACUGCCAAAUUAAUUCCCAGAAUACCCCACAUUUUUCUUAAAUCAAGUAAAUUUCAAAAAAGUGAAAAAAGGAGAAGUUGAUGUGGGCAAGAACUCAGCAUUUCCUGGACAUUUCCCUGGUGUUUCCCAACUUUGGCUUUCACAAGACAGAACAAGCUGCCUCUGCCUGAAGCAAAUGUCUGACUACAAUACAGACUGUUGCCCAGCCAUCACGUGUAACAGGAGACUGCAGAGGGCAGAGCACAGAGCUGUGUGCCAGCACAGCCAGGCACAGGUACCUCACCUGGAGAUGUCACACACAGCCCAGCUUCACACCAGGGUUUGCUCCUCUGGGCUGUGCAAGUCAAUGCAAUCAAUGCCAGGACAAUUCAAUAAAGCUUUCUAAGUCAAA